AUGGCCCGUAAUGAGGAGAAAGCGCAGAGUAUGCUCAAUCGCCUGCUGGCGGCCAAGCAGGCUGAUGCGAGGCCCGAGCGCCAGAAGCGGCCCUACCUGGCAACGGAGUGCACUGACUUGAACGAGGCGGACAAGUGGAGGCAGCAGAUCCUGCGGGAAAUCGGGAAGAAGGUCAUGGAGAUCCAGAAUGCUGGACUGGGGGAGCACAGGAUACGAGACCUGAAUGACGAGAUCAAUAAGCUCAUGAGAGAGAAGGUGCACUGGGAGCGCCGGAUCGUGGAGCUCGGUGGCCCAGAUUACUCUAAGACGGGACCAAGGGUGACGGACUCUGAGGGGCGUGUGAUGGCCGAGACCAGCGGUCGAGGGGCCGGGUACCGUUACUUUGGCGCUGCCAAGAACCUGCCUGGCGUCAAGGAGCUGUUUGAGAAGGAGGCACCGCGCCAGGUGCGGCGAACGCGCGCAGAGAUGUACCGACUCAUCAACGGCGACUACUAUGGGUUCCGAGAUGAGGAUGAUGGCGUGCUGCUGAAGGUGGAGGCAGAGGCGGAGGCCCAGCUGCGAGCCCAGGCAAGCCUGAGGGCCAUCCAGGAGUGGGAGCAGCAGGAGGCGCAGCGGCAGUCCAGCGCCGCUGCCGCUCGGGGGACCUCCGCCACAGUGCAGGUGGACCCUGCUGAGUCAGCGCCCCAGUUUGUGGCCUACGUACCCCUGCCCGACGCCCAGGAGAUCGAGGCACGUGUGCUGGAGGGGAAGAAGGCGGCACUGCUGAGCAAGUAUGCCUCCGAGGCCCUGCAGGCAGAACAGGCCCAGGCCCGGCAGCUGUUGAACCGGGGAUGA